AUGCCUCCCGAGCCCUUCCGCUUCACGGGUCUCCCGAGCGAGCUCCGUAACCGCGUCUACAAACUGCUGCUGUGCGACGUGGAGGAGCCCGAGGACUACACCAAUUCGGAGAAUGUGCCUGAGACCAUCGCCAGGGCCAAGCACAAUGUGCAGACAUCGAUCCUUGCCGUGAACCGCCAAAUCCACACCGAGGCAAAGGAUGUCCUCUACAGAGAAAUCAAGUUCGUCAGGUUUGGCGCCACUAUGGAGGUGCCAAAUAUUCACGUGUUGAAAUCUCUCGUCAAAAACAGAUGCGUCCCGGUCUUUACUAUGGACAAGAAUGUGGUUGGCAGAUUCAGUGGCCACGUCCUGUCCUACACACUCGUGCAACAUUUGACAGAGCUUCCCUGUUCCUCCUUCUCCUGUUUGAUCACUCACCGCGACCUUGAUCUCUUUUGUCGCGCUCUCGGCCAUGCAGAGGCCGCAAUCCCGGGGUUCUGGUCGGCGGUCAGCCACACCAUCACUAUGUGCGCUCCGUAUCAAAUCCCCCCCUCUGCUGCAAAAAUUCACCAAGAAACACUUCUCGCGCCGCUCCGUCGACACCUCCGUGGGCUCGAGGACGUUGUCGUCCAGGGCGAGGUCGACGAGGCUCUUGCCACAGCCGUGGCUGACCAGCUCAAAUCCUACGUGAUUGAGGAGCCUGAGGUACUCCUCGAAAAGGUGAGGGCCCUCAAAGAGGCUGGAACUGUAUAUUUCAGGCAGGGAGAUUCUCGCUUGUGCAGCGAGUCCUGGUCCAGGGCAUGCAACGAAAUCAGGCGUGUCCGCGGCGGAGCCAUGUGGGCGACCCUUGUUUCCGAUCCUGAGUUCGUCAGGGACCUGGCUGAGCUCUAUUUCAUCUUGAAUAUCAAUCUGUCCCAAAACACCAUUAAAGAUAUGGAUGGGAGCCUGUUCCACCCGGAACUUGCCCCGCGACAGGCAAGUAUGUCGCUGCUCGCACUGCGCAACGCCUAUCAGGGACUGGCUGGCUGCAAGAUGUACUGGCAGCCCAGCGAUGCGCAAAUGGCAAAGCUUUUGUUUAGGAAAGCAAAGACCCACAGGCUUUCCAAUGAUUAUGCCGACGCUUUUGAGACUAUCGAGCUUGCAGAAAACCUACUGCCUGACGAUGAAGCGAUCCAGGAAGAGAAGCAGAUUAUCGAGAAUGCCAUAAGCGGCAUUGAGAUAGCUUAG